AGCUAGCUAGUUAGCUAACGUUAGCCAGCAAGAUUUGGUAGCAAACGUAGCUAAUAGAUUAAUACAAUUUCUUAUGGACCCGCUCCUUUUCUGUCCCUCAAGACGGAUUACAUGGGUUUAUUUUCAGAGUUUGUCAACACGUUUAGGUCAUAUUCGUAGUUAAAACAUUUAUCAAACGAAACUUAACGUUAAUGUUUGUAUCCUUAUGCUAGUUAGACAAAUUUGGUGCGCUGUUGUGUUUAUUACAUGGGCCUUUAGUGAAGGCCCAACUUUUGCUAGCUAAUAUUGUAGCUAGCAUUAGCUGAACUCUUAAUAGCUGCACAUCCUAUUUUUACAAUAGCUGGCUUUUUAUUUGUUAAAGAUGUUGUUAGCUAUCGAGGGUGCUAUAGAACGUGUACCGUUACUGUUAGUGUGUCAUUCGUAGCUAAUGAUAUUUGAGCAAUGAACAGUAGUUAGCUAGCUACUUAGCUUGAUUUUGUAAAAAGAAGCCAUUGAGUAACGUUACUGUAGUUGCGGUUUCAGCCUAAGAUGGCUAAUGUAAGCAGCUCAGUGGUGUAUUUUGUUUGCAAACCGCAUCACAAGUGAUAACGAGGUAUUGGCUGCUGUGCCAUUUCUGUAUCGUUACACAUUUUUCUUGCCUCAUUUAAACUUACUCGACAUUUUAUGCGAAUAUGUAACAUUAGUUGCUUUGAAAAAAUGGCUGGCAGUACGUAGCCAACCGCAUCUGACAAGCUAAGUUAACGUUACUUUUUAUUGCUAGGUCGUUUGCAGCGCAUGUAUUCGCUGAUUUAUGAAACAUGGAUACAAACAUUAAACAAUGUCAGCCGCGGUGAAGGAGCUUGAAAUUCAAAGUUAGUGAAGUCGGCCACCUACCGAGUUUCUGGUCAAUGGCAUUUUGGCGUCUUGUCGAUACCUAGCUUGUUAGCUAGCUGUGUCUUGAAAAGGAUUUGCUAAGACAAGAACAUAACAUAACUCCUUUACAUUGGCCAUAUUUACAUGGCUAAUCAUAGCUAACCUUUUGCUGGUUCUAACAUUCUUCUGACUAAUGAAUGCUACUAGUGUUGAAGUGAGUGUCUGUGUUUAUGUAACUGAGAUGAAUUCAAAUGCUUCCCAUACCUAUGUACCAUACAAACUGAACAAUUGUGGCCCCUUUAUUUUAUCUAUAAAGGUUCAGUGUAUCUUUGCCAGCCUACAUCAAUCUGCAAGGGAGUUGCAGAAAAGCCUCAUGUUCAUCGAGCCGUGAGUCACAAAUAUAAUUUUUAAAGAUGUUUAUCCAAACAUUUUGUUUGCUUUUCAGAAGUAAUCAUAAGUUUGAUCAUCACACAAACUCGUAAGUUAAGUGGAGAUGAAAGCAAAACAGAAUCCUGAAAUGCAAUCAUCAGGAGUGUUUGGAGCAUAAGGAGGAGUACCUAGUUGCUUUCAAGUCAUGGAGCAGUUUAUACAGUAGUGUGUUUCUGGUAACACAUUUGUCAUAGAGACAGAGAAGCCUUAAAUUUGCCACAAACCAUUUACACUUUGACUUGUGUAUCAUUCCCGACUUCCUCACUACAGGUGUGGGCAAGCAAGCUUUUCCCUUUUAUACUUUUCAACAGCGGGUUUAAAAUUCUGCAGCUGAGGUCUUGAAGAUGCAGAUGGGUACAGUAUAUGUGGAAGCUCGCAGUGUGUAUUAACUAACCUUUCGUAUUUUUUUUUUUUUUUUUUUUUUUUUUUUUUUUAAACCUCCAAGUUUUUAAAAAAAUUAUUUGUAUCAGAGUUUUGUCAUCCACAUGACCCUGGUUUGUAGAGGUCAGUGUUGUUGCAGCAGUUUAACAGCUGCUACAGUACACCAGCAGGAUUAAGUCUGAAAGUCACGAGACAAAAGGUGGUGUCCACCUGCUUAUGUCAGUCACUGGCAGACCUUUGUUUCUGUGAUGCAGAUGGAUUCUUUUUGUUGGGUUUUGGUUUCACAUCCCUAAAUGAGGAACCGUGGUGCUUCCCUGAAUCGGAGAAAGGCAACACAAGGUCAAGAUGCCCCCAUAGAAACAAUGUUAUUCCAUCUCCAGGUUGGCACUGUGCAGUGCCAGAAACUUCAUUCAAGAGCAACUGAGCUAUUGAUUUUAAACAUAUUAAUGAUGGUGACAAAAUAAUACACAGGCUCACAUGAGAGAUCCUCAGAAGGAUUUGUCAGACAGUUUAUAUCUAAGAUUCGGCUUACAGUGCUCUUUGUUCACCAUUUGAUAAUCUAAAUGUAAAAAACAUUUAAACAUCACGUGUUUCAAAUGCAUUCUGCCAUUACCCCCUAUAGAGUAUUUAGUCUUCCUUAAACUUUAGAAAUGCUACAACUCAUGCCUCAUGGUAAUUUGAGAGGUGUGUUAAAAUGUACAAGUUUUAACAGAAGUAAGGCCACUGUACCAGAAUUCCACAUUCUGGCUAAAUGUUAUCCCUUAUACCCUGUUUUCACAACAAGGGUAGAUUUGAUCCUUGUUUAAUGGUAUUUUCUGCCAUUCUUUAACAGUUUGUAACCAUAGUUACAACACAUUUCGUCCAAGCAAGAGAGACAGUCCGCUGAAGCAACUGCAGGGAAAGACAUUAGAAGUGUAGCGUUACCAGUGAUGAAACUCGACAGAGGGUGAAGUUCACUGAUGAACGUGUCUGCAAAAGCCACCUUUUAAACUGCUGUCCGCAUGACAUUCUCUCUGGGACCCGGAUGGAUCUGGGAGAGUGCUCAAAGAUACACGACCUGGCUCUACGGGCAGAUUACGAAAUCGCCUCCAAGGAGAGAGACCUCUUCUUCGAACUUGAUGCUGUGGAUCACCUGGAGUCCUUCAUUGCCGAUUGUGAUAGGAGAACAGAACUGGCCAAAAAACGCCUGGCUGAAACUCAAGAGGAGAUCAGUGCUGAGGUCGCUGCAAAGGCGGAGAAGGUCCACGAGCUGAACGAGGAGAUCGGGAAGCUGUUGGCUAAGUCGGAGCAGCUGGGAGCCGAGGGCAACGUGGACGAAGCGCAGAAGGUCCUACAGGAGGUGGAGAAGGUCCGGAGCAGGAAGAGGGAUGCCGAGGAGGAGUACAGGAACUCCAUGCCUGCCUCCAGCUUCCAGCAGCAGAAGCUUCGCGUGUGCGAAGUGUGUUCUGCCUAUCUCGGUCUCCAUGACAACGACCGCCGACUGGCCGACCAUUUUGGGGGCAAGCUGCACCUCGGCUUCAUUCAGAUCCGUGAGAAGUUGGAACAGCUGAAGAAAAUGGUGGCAGAGAAGCAGGAAAGGCGGAACCAGGAGCGGCUGAAGAGGCGGGAGGAGAGGGAGCGCGAGGAGAGGAUGAGGAAGAGAGGGGAUUCUGCACUGACUGAUACUUCAGCAGAGCUGCAUCGGGGGACUGCUUCAGGGACCAGGUCGCAGAGCAGGGAGCACAGAAGGUCUCGCUCCCGGGAGCGGAGGCGGCGGCGCUCGCGCUCGGCGUCGCGGGAGAAGCGGCGCUCCAGGGAGCGGUCCCGCGAGCGGUCCAGGGACCGGGAGCGACGGCGGCGCCAUCGCAGCCGCUCCCGCAGCAAGGGCCACCGGCACAGCCGAGACCGCAGCCGCGAGCGCAGCCGAGACCGCGGCUCCAAACACAAGUCAUCGCGGGACCGGGAGCGCUCCUCCAGGGACAGGUCGCGGGACCAGGACAGGAAGAAGGGCUCGACAGAGCGGCGGCAGGACGGGGUGAAUGGGAGGAUGGACUCCCGGAGGCUGGAUGACAGGGAGGCUGGGGAGAUCUAAGGGCCUGCACUGUGACACCCUGUUAACACUACACUCGCAUGCAUUACUGCAGUCUGAUACCAUUACACUGUACACUUGCACCCAUCAUUGCAGUUUCUGAUUCUCACAUCCAUCAUUGCAGUUUCUGAUUCUCACAUCCAUUACUGAAGUCCCUGAUUCUCACGUCCAUCGUUGCAUUUCUGAUUCUCACAUCCAUUACUGCAGUUUCUGAUUCUCACAUCCAUUACUGCAGUCUCCGACUCAUUACACUGCAGUCACAUCCAUUACUGUAGUCUCUGACCCUUUACUGUACACAUGCAUUACUGCAGUCUUUGAUCCCAUUACUGUACGUUCACACAUAUUACUGCAGUCCCUGAUCGCAUUACAUUCACACGUC